UAUCUUCCAACCACCCGCUCCCUCACUGGCCCAGUCAAUCCUCGUCAUGCUGGAGAAGCGUCGGAGUCCGGUGGGCGACUCGCCGCCCGUGGCCCAGCGCCGCAAGAAGCAUGACACGCGGACCGACGCCGAUGCGGAGCCCAUGGACGUGGAUGCUGCGUGCUCUGCCUCUGAAAUUUCCAGCGUCAGCGAUGCACAGGCGGCUUCAGACGGUUCCAACCCUUCGUCUCCCGUAAAAACUCCAGACACAAGCCUGCCAACGCUCAUUUUCCACGAAAAAUUCUCCGUUCUAGAGCCCGACAAUGAGCGAAUCGUGACGCCCGUGCAAAGAGACGGUCAGGGCGCCUCCUGGCGCGUUAUUUGGCAGCCCAGAAGCCCCACAGACCAGUCUUUUGUCGGUGUGUUCGUGGAGCUCGUAGAACACGAACCAGAAGCCCCCAGAAUGGCAGAACUGAGUAUUACACUCAUUAACCAAGGACCACAACCGCCGCUCAUCAAACACACGAGCGUGCACGAGUUUUCCAAGGAAAACGCCGAGUUUGGCAUGAGUCAGUUCGUUCAGAGGAGCGAAUUGAUGAAUCCCAGCAACCAGUUCUUGGACGAACAAGGUCGAGUGGAAAUCGAAUUGCGUUUGAGCUUCGUUGGCGACGUAUCAGCUCUAGAGAAGCCGGAACAGCCUCAAGACUCGAGUAUUUCAGCCACUCAGGAGGUAGAAUCUCAACCUUUGCUCUCGUACGACUCGAAGGAGGAGACAGGAAUGGUGGGACUGAAGAACCAGGGAGCCACGUGUUAUCUGAACUCGCUACUACAGACACUGUUCCACUUACGAGCCUUUCGACAGGUAGUAUACGCCACCCCGACAGCUCAGGAAGACACGAAUGACUCGGUGUCGUUAGCGUUACAGCGUGUAUUUUACAGGUUACAGAGACAGCGUAAGGCAGUGUCGACGAAGGAGCUUACGCGGUCUUUUGGCUGGAGUGCGAUCGACUCGUUCAUGCAGCAUGACGUACAGGAAUUGUACCGGAUCCUGUGCGAUCGGUUAGAGGAAAAGAUGAAGAACACGCCAGUGGACUCAGCUAUCCAGAAACUUUUCGAGGGGAAAGUUAGAUCCUUUGUGCAGUGUGUAAACGUGGAGUUUCAGUCUUCACGAGAGGAACGGUUCUACGACUUGCAACUAGAUGUGAAGGGCUGUAAGAACUUGAUGCAGUCUUUUCGCAAGUAUGUGGAGGAGGAGAUGCUGGAUGGAGACAAUCAGUACGAAUCGGAGGGACAUGGCAAGCAGGAUGCCAAGAAAGGUAUCGAGUUUCUAACUUUCCCGCCCGUUCUUAACAUCCAGUUAAAGCGAUUCGAGUACGACGCAAUGCGUGACGGGAUGGUGAAGGUUCACGACCGGUUUGAGUUCCCUAAAACACUGGUGUUAGAUGAAUUUAUCUCGAAUGACCAGGAGAAGGAAGAAGAGAGUAAAGAUCCAGCUCCACGGUAUAUUUAUCACCUGCAUAGUGUGCUAGUGCACAGCGGCGAUGUGCAUGGUGGUCACUACUACGUAUUUAUUCGGCCAGGUAAGCACAUCGCUACUAGUACAGACUGGUUUCGAUUCGAUGACGACCAGAUCACGCGCGUGGACGAACAGGUAGCGAUUGAGGGUAAUUUUGGCUCAGGAGGGACUCCAGUUACACCCCCAAGUGGUGCAACUGAGCCUCCGUCGCCUUUGUAUUCGUCUUCACUCUUUUGUUCGCCAGAUCGGAAUAGUGGCGCGAAUACGGAACCGAAUGGAAUGGAUGGUCUCGAGUUCCGAUCAGUGGAUACAGGAGACGGAGAGCAGACAGAGGACGCGUACGAUUACAGCCAGAAUGACGGCAGUGCCAAUCUCCCACUCAGUUCUACGUCAAACAGUCUAAUGCUGCCACUUGGUCGGAGUUUUUCAAGCGCAUAUAUGCUCGUAUACGUGCGUGACGGCGAAAACGACAUCAGUGCGAUUCCAGACGUAAAACUCGCGUCAGAAACGAUGGAGAGCGAUGCUACAGGAGACUCUGAGCUUCCUAGUUGGCAAAGCGAUCCGCUGCCGAUCCCAAAGGAGCUUGUGACUCGGUUCCACGAGGAAGAGAAGGCAGCAGCAAGACGCAAGAAAGCGCAACAGACCGAACACUUGUACAUGAAUCUCCGUAUCGCGUCGGACACGAGUAUCGCCAGGCUCAAGCGGAUCACUAAGAUCACAGAUUUCGCAGGGUUCAAUAACUCGACCACAGUGCGUGUCCGUAUCAAGCGUGCAGCGUGUAUCCGACAACUGUACCGUCGUGUGUAUAAAGAGACUGGAGUGCCCAUGUCACGACAACGCCUGUGGAAAGUUAUCACGCGUGAGAACCGCACCACUCGACCGGAUCUACCGCUCGGUCCUGACGUCUACGACUGUCGUGUGGACUCGUUAUUUGAGGACGAUGCCUCACCUAAGACGCCUGUUAAAUUGUAUCUCCAAAUCCUGGAUGCGUCUUCGUCUCAAGCUGCUUCAUCAGUAUCGCCGUCGUCUCCGUCGAUUCCUGACGUAAUAAAGAAGACCAAGACGUCGAUCAUCCACCGGCAUUUCUUGGAUGAAUUUUCGCCUCCAGUGACUACAGAUGCGAGCAAACCCAGUCAAGAAAUGGAGGACGAAGACGCUGUUUUAACUGAGACUUCAGAGAGCGUCGCUGUCCAUGCUCCGCCACUACAAAGUCACGAUAUUUUGCUGUUUGUCAAGUUUUACGAUUUAAAGAAGAAACUCGGCGAAAGACUGGAGUACGUGGGGAAUAUCGUUGUGGAUUCGCGGAUAACUGGCGCCGAACUGGCGCAAUAUUUGCACGAGGCGUUGGCAAUCCCCUUUACCAGACAAUUACUGUUAUUUGAGGAAGUGCAGCCUGUCACUGUGGCCAAGAUUGACAUGGACACAACCCUCGCAGCAGCGGAAAUCCAGAACGGAGACAUCGUUUGCUUCCAGUACGCAGAAGACGAGGAACAAGUGGACAAUAUCGUGAUCAAGCCGGUGCUGGAAGAAGACCCGGAUGUCGUUGAGACGUAUGUUGGUCCAGACGGUGAAGAAGUGAAGGCCGUCAUCUCUCCGGAUACUGACGAUAAACCAAUGGACGGUCCUCAUAGCUACGGGCUCCAGAGGCGGUAUCCAGACGUACCAUCCUACUUCCGGUACUUGUUAGACCGUGUGGAGGUGACUUUCCAUCACUAUGGUCACUCAGAGGACCAGUCUUUUACUCUCCCGUUAUUACUCAGUAACUUAUACGACGAGGUGAUCGAAGCAGUGGCAGCACGUCUUGACCUUGUUGGUCCAAAACGACUGUAUGUUCGACUGUACCAGCACUCGCCACUCAACAAUUUACCCAUGAAGUCGCCACUACGUCACGAACGGUACUCUGGAGAUCCUCAAACUACACUGGACGAGUUACUCACGGAGUAUAUGGAGCGUACCAACGUCAUGUACUACGAACUACUGAACCAUCCGAUCACGGAGAUCGAAGCCAAGAAGGAACUUGUGGUACAUUUGAGUAUGUACGACGCUUGUUUUGCGACAGAACAGGCAGCCUCGCCGUCUCCUGUUGCGCCGCAUCGCAGCGUGGAAGUGCUCGUGAUGCCAACUCAUAAGGUUCGUGACCUGUUAAACCUUAUACGGGAUGGAUUCGGUCUACCGGAGGACACGCCACUUCGUGCAUGCGAGGUUGUACACCAUGGAACGAUGAUCAGACGAGUGAUUAAGGAGGACGCGGAGUUGUCACGAUACUGGAAAAGGACAAACUCAUCGGAUUCUAAUACGCCGGAGAUUUUGGUAGAGCAGAUUCCGGCUUACGAGCUGAAUGAGGAAAUCUCUGAAACUUUAUCAAGUGACGAGAAGAAUGAGGAGAAACCGCUGUGGUUCUACAGAGGAGUGGUGCAUUUCAACUUCCAGAACAACUCGAACAAGUGGAUCCAUCCGCACGGUGUGCCCUGCAUCGUGCGCUUCAGUGAGCGAGAUACUGUGGGUGAUGUCAAGGAGCGCAUACGGCAACGAAUGGGCAUCUCCUCGGAUAUCUUCGCGCAAUGGAACUUUGCGCUGGUGAAAGACCUCAAGGCGUCGACGUUGCAGGCUGUGCAUGAUGAUAUGGACGCGGAGGCGUUGGAGGCGUUCCCGAUGUCGAGACUUACGGAACUUUGCGGCGCUGAUUUUGAGAAUCUGGGCAAUCUGGGCCUAGAGCACGCAGACCCGACGCCGCCACCACGUCACCAUAGCAACAGGAGGCUGGAAACAGGCAUCCAUAUCCGCCAGAGUUGAGGCUAAAAUACAGAUUGGGGUUUGCUCUACUCA